GACGCGCUUUACACGCCUUUACACCCAUAUUUUGUUAUCGGAAUAGUGAUACUGUGAUAUGUCUCCUGUGGAGAAGAAGAGUCGGGCUCGGAGUCCACAGGAACUAUAUGACGAAAUCAGAGAACUCUUGAUCAAGACCAAACCGAAGCUGAAGGACGGAACUACCAAAGAUGAAACCGUAACUGGGGAUUUACAUAAGAUCGCAUCGCUUGCACAGACAUUCACAGAACAGCGCCUGAAGUCGAGCAAAAAGAGCCAGUUAUCAGAUUUUCUUGAUCAAGAAGGUGUCAGCCUGUGGAAUGCAUCCGGUGUGGUCCGUCUAGGCUCUGCGCUUGACAGCCGCGUUGUCGUCGCCGCUUUACGGCUAGCUGGUUUUCGCCUCAUGGAAGCAGGGUUGGAACCUAAGCCGGACACUGAAGCAUUAUUACAUAUUCUUCAAAUUGCGAGCAAGACUGGCGCAACCCUGUCCGAACUCGGCCACAAUGACACCGCAUCGAGCGUGCUAGCUUGUGCGGCGAAGGUUAUUUUUUCCUUGUUUAUGUUAAUUGUGGUUGGCAUUAAUUUUCUCUCAAAGUAUGAAGAAGCGCUGAGAAAUAUUGACGACCCAAGUGGCACAAAUCAACAAGCCAGGGCAUGCGUUACAGCUGUCUACCUCUCAACUAGAAUGGAAGCGGCUUGGAGGGAAGGAAAUGAAGGGUUAGCGGCCUUUAUGGCUGACAAAGUCACAGAGAAUGACGGACGGCUCGUGCUCCUGUCCAAUCAUGACCGAGAGACGCUUGCAACUAAGCUUCUUGACAUUGGCAAAUCACUUUUGAGAAGUUGCUAUCAGGAUAGCAAAUUAGCGCCGGAAGAGAAUAAGGCUAAUGAGGCUAUUCGAUGGAUGCAAAAGGCGUUUGCCGUCAUCGAGCAUCUUGAUUGCGCGUCCAAUGCUGAGCUCGCUGAGCUCAAGAGAUCGGUUCUCAGGAGUCUGGCCCGUGGUUACUUCUUGUCAUCAUCCCAGGAUCCAGAGAAUUUGAUCAGAGCGGAAACCGCGCUAGAAGAAGUUAUUGCAACUAUCAAUCCUUCUGUAGACAACGUAAGCUCCGAAUACCAGCAACUCCGAUGGAUGAAGUUGGCUGUCAUAAAGCGGCGAAAAGCUGGAGAUACUGUUCUUCUUCAAGCCCUACAAGCUAUCAUUGACAACCUGACAUAUUCAGAAAGCAAUCUUACCGAUGUCCUACAGGAACUUCGGACGCUUUCUCAGUAUCACCAAUUAGUCACGAGUGUAACUCAGUACUGCCUUCAUCGGGCCUUGCAGUGCUCUUGGAGCACAGACGCCGUGGAAAGGCUUCUCAUAUCUCUCAUAUUCCAUUGUUCCAAAGAUGACAAACACGAUAGAGCCAUACAAGAUCUGCAUGCAUCUUUCAAAGAACUGAGUGAUGUGGAGUUUGAGCUUCUCAAAGCUCCGGCCACAGCUUGCAUCACGCUUUUAUGGCAAUACGGUGAUCGCCAUUACCAUGCGGGGCGAUGGAAAGAAGCUGCGGAUUGGUUCAGUUGCGGCACACAUUCUAUAUUUACAAGUUUGGGUCCUGUCAGCAGCUCGAGGUGUUUUCGGAAGGCUGCCCUAGCGCAUCUUAAGCGAAAGGACUACGCUCAUGCGGGGUCGAUCAUCCGGCGCUGUCCUGACACAGAAGCCACGACGCAAUAUGUAAUCUUUCUUAUUGCGGUUUAUCAAGGACUGGAAGACGAAGCGAUGAUAUCAAUUCGCAAUAUGGUACACGCCGUGGACUUCGAUCGCAAAAUGAUUUUAUUGGCCUGCCGGCUGGCACAUGACUUGGAUAUGAAAAAUCUUCUUCUGAAUGUGCUGAAGGCUCUUCUUGAAACGCUAAAUUUCCGAGAGAACGUGGGGAACGUCACUGAAGCUAUGACGUUGGUAAGAUGUAUAAUCAGGCUUAUCGUCAAGCUCCUUGGAGAACCCGCUGCCGAUUUGGACCGCUUGGUUGCAGCAUUACUACACCACCUGAAGAUUGCGGUGACUAUUGCAGAAUCUUGUGAACAGCCUGCCAUACUUGCCAGAGAUGUAUCCUGGCUCUGGAGGACUGCAUACAACUGUGCUAUCCAAGCUUGCUCGGAUUGGGAAGACAGAGAGGAUCAAAUAUCUGAGAUCUUUGACGCAGCGAGACGACUUCUCGAACUCUACACUCUACACGCAACUGUAGAUGUGGACCAGGCUGUCUACAUUUACAUAGUGAAUGCCUCAUUUGCAUCCGCCUCGGGCCGUGUUAUGUCUUUCAGACGUUUGCGGUCGCAAACAGAAUCGAUUGAAUCUGAGAAAUACCACGAUCUGUUCAACGAGAUCAAUCAGUCAUUACAGCGCAUUAGCAAGGUUUUGCGAGAGGAGAAGCUAUCGCAGGAGGACCUUCCUCGACUUGAGUCAUCCUUGCAGAUUUUACGAGUUUUCAUGGUCGAAGCGGCAUGUCACUUGUCAGAUUGGACGACGGUCCUGGCUACAAUUGAGGAAGCAUCUCGCUCCGAUCGUGAUUCGUUGGAGACGUACGAGGCAUUCGCUGACGCUCUAUGGGAGGACAAAAACUGUCCCAUACAUGGUAGAUAUUUAUUUUCAACUUCACAAUCAAGCUCAUACCAGCCAAACCUAGUCCUUUUCACAGCGCUAGAGGCCACACUUCACGCAUGUUUGGCCCGCGGGCACUUUUCUCUGGAGAAAUUUUCUCGCUGGCUCCGAGCUAUAUGCAUUAUACUACUGACAAGAGCAACAGGAGCCGAUCGAUCCAAGGCAAUUGGCUACGUGGAUCAAGCCAUCGCUGUCCUGGAAGAGCAUGGCGACGCUAGGGACGGCGGUGACCUGCUCUAUCCUCUGGACGAGCGUCAGUGGCUUCUGAGCACAGCGUACAACACUGGCCUCGAGUGUCUUCACGCAUCCAUGGUUGAUGAAGCAAAGCGUUGGUUCGAAUGCUCCACCAUUAUCUGCCGCUUCGUUCCCGAUGGUAGGCAACGCGCAGAAAAGGUAGGCAAAAUACGAUGGAAAAUUAGACCUCACGGCAUCCCGCAACAGAUCUCAACAACCUAUAGCGACCUCCUGGCACGCUACCCGACUAGAUGA